AUGUCAAGAUCCCAAAUCUACCCAGUCUACAAAGUGAAAUUGAAACUAGCAAUCCAAGACCCAGACAUGCCAUCUACCCGAUACCACACAAUACUCUUCGUCCAGACAAACGCGCAAGGUCCACGUAGCGGGAUUAAGCACCACGUCACCGGCGACAUUGUCACAGGCAUGCACUACGAGUCAGCAGAAUACGACGACCCGGAGACAGACGAGAAUUUCUUCUCAAAGGAACUCAUCGGACAUACCAGAGCUCUCAACUAUCCCAAGAACUGGAACGAUACUCUCAAGUCUAUCCCGGCGCCACCGAAGCAGAAGGCUUUCAAUAAAGUGACAAUGAAGACAGAGCCCGUCAAGAGUUGGGAUCCUGUGACGUUUUACGGGCCUGGAGAGCCUCGUCUGCCGUUGAUCAAAUGCACAGAGUGGAUUGAGGAUCAGGCUAUUUCGACUUUGAUCAAUGCGGGCUUGAUUCAUGGAGAUAUGAGCGUAUAG